UCUUGAUGACGUAAAUGUAAUGGCCGCCAUAGAUGGCCGCUCUCUCUGUAUCGUGCAGGUUUUUUUGUUUUCUUCAACAUAGCGGAUAAAUCAGACAUACACUAAUUAACACUGGAGAGUAAAAACUGAAAUAAAAAAGCUGGGUAGUUCCUAAGACGUCGACCCUGUCUUCAAAGAGGUUCAGGCUGAAAAGUGGCACGUUCUCCGAUGGACACUCCUGAAAGCCCCACCCUGUCCCCCCAGUCGCCUGAGGAAGAGAAGGGGCUGUCGGACAACGAGCUGCUGGACUCUCCGGAGGAGGAGGAUGAUGAGGAGGACAGGUUGAUUUCAGACAGCGAACUUCUCAAUGAGGAUGACCAGGACAGGCUGGAGGACGGUGAGGGAGGAGGGGACUCAGAGCUGGACGAAGACGAGGAGAAGGUGGUCCAGGAGCUUGUCUCUGACGCUGAGGACGAGGAGCAGACAGGGGCAAGAUUGGAACACAUGGGGAUGGAGCAGCUGGAGGAGGAUGAGGAGACUGUCGUGCUGUUGGAUGGGGAUGGUCCACAGACCAUCCAAUCAGCUGAGGAGGAUGACGAGGGCGAGGACAGAGUCAUUGAGGACACGCCCCAGUCUCCUGAUUCAGAACCGUACAGAGGAAGGCCCAGGUUCUCCCUGGCCGAAGAGGUGGAGGACGAAGGGCGAGGGAGGACUGAGAAGGAGGAGGAAGGGGACGAUGGCGUGGGCUCCUCCGCGGGUGUCGAGCCUCGCGAGGGGGAGGACGAGGAGGAGGAUGAGGACGAGGAGGACGAGAGGAGCCAAAGGAGAGCGGUGGUGCUGAGGGAGAUGAAGGAGGAGGCGUCCUCCGUGUCCCGGGAGCUGGACGAACACGAGCUGGACUAUGACGAGGAGGUCCCCGAGGAGCCCAGCGCCCCCCAGCAGCAGCAGGAGGAGGACGAGGAGGAGGAGGGCGAGAGGGAUCCGGGGGAGGAGGAGCGGGAGGACCGAGAGAACAAGAGCGUCAAGAAGAAGGAGAAGAAACGCAUCCUGCCGCCGUCGCCCAAAGAGGCGAAGAGGCCUGAGGACGGCAGGGCGAUGGAGAGGGGGCGGAGGGACUCGUUCAGGGACAAAAAGAAGGACGAGGACGACGGAGAGAUCGACGAGGGAGAGAUCGACGAUGAUGACCUGGAGGAGGGGGAGGUCAAAGACCCCAUGGACCGCAAGAUCAGACCUCGGCCAAUCUGUCGGUUCUUUAUUAAAGGAAACUGCACCUGGGGCAUGAGCUGCAGGUUCAUCCACCCUGGGGUGAACGACAAGGGCAACUACUCACUCAUCAGCAAGCCAGACCCCUUCUCCCCCAACGGAGCCCCGCCCGGGGGGGCGCCACACGCACUCAUGCCCAACAACCCCUGGGGUGCCCCUGUGGUAGAGGAGCUGCCCCCGCCCCCCCCUCCAGUGGAGCCCCCAGUCGAGAGUGCCUGGGAGAGGGGCCUGAGGCACGCCAAAGAGGUGCUGAAGAAAGCUACGAUACGCAAAGAACAGGAACCGGACUUUGAGGAGAAACGCUUCAACGUGACGAUCGGGGAGGACGAACGAGACUUCGACAAAGAGAACGACUUCUUCAGGGAGCGGAGCUACCGUAUCACGCGCGACAUCAGAGAUGAGAUUGACUUCAGAGAGCCUCUCUACGGUGGGGAACCAUACCCAGACCCAUACUAUGACUAUGAGAUGGAAGCCUUGUGGAGAGGAGGGCAGUAUGAGAACUUCAGAGUCCAGUACACAGAGCCCCCCCCUCUGCCCUAUCAUUAUACUGAGCGCGAGCGCGACCCCAGGGAGCGUCAUCGGGACCGUGAGAGGGAGCGGGACCACCGCGAGAGGGAGCGCCGGCAGAGGGAGCGGGAGAGGGAGCGAGAGAGGGAGCGAGAGAAGGAGAGGAUGCGCAGGAAGGAGGAGUGGGAGAGGGACCGCUUGAAGAGAGACGAGAAGGAGAGGCCGAGGGAGAGGCCCCUGCGGGAGGCCAAGGAGCCCAAGGAGAAGAAGGAGAAGGAGGAGAAGCCUCUGAAAGUGCCUCGCUCUCCAACAGACAUGCCCCCCAGCAGGCCCAUGGAGCCCCCUCAGAAGAAGGAGAUGGUUACCAUGGUGAAGCGGCCAGACGAGUGGAAGGACCCCUGGCGGAGGUCCAAAUCACCACGGAGACGACCCGGGAUGGGCUCCCCACCACGUGGGCGGAGGAGACACCGGCCCUCUGGCUCCUCUGUCUCCCUGUCCAUUUCCUCCAGGUCGUCGUCCCGCUCGUCCUCCUUCACAGGGUCGGGGUCGUCAGGGUCCCGCUCGUCCUCCUUCAGCUCGUACUCCAGCCACUCAUCCCAGCACAGCUCCUUCAGCGGCAGUCGCUCCAGGUCCAGGUCCUUCUCAUCCUCUCCCUCGCCUUCAGGCCGGAAAAUCCCCCAAAACAAACCGGAAGUCCUGCCGGUAGCGGCUAAAGGACCCCCCCCGAAGCCUGACGCCCUGCCCCCCCCUCGCAGGGAGAAGCCCCCCCCUAAGAAGCUCCCCAGCCCGCCUGCCCCAGGCCUGCCUGGGAAGCCCCCCAAGCCCGGGGCCGGGCCUGGGCCUGGGGAGGGGCCGGGGCCCAAGCCUGCCAACCCCCGGCCCGGGGCACGCCCGCCGCAACCUCCCCGGGAGCCCGGCAAACCUGACAACCCGAGGGAGGGCCGCAGGAAGGAGAGGCUGCCGCAAGACCCACCCCGCAGGCGGACAGUGGGCGGCGGCGCGAGUGGGAGUGGCAGCAGCUUCUCAGGCUCCUCCUCCCGCUCCAGGUCUCGCUCCUCCUCCAACUCCCUCUCUCGUUCGCCCGCGGACUCGCGGAAGUCCAGAAAAUCAAGGUCUCUCAGCGUGAGCAGCGUGUCGUCCGUGUCGUCCGUGUCGUCCAGCAGCAGCUCCGUGAGGAGCGCCGACUCGGAGGACAUGUACGCCGACCUGGCCAGCCCCGUGUCCUCCGCCAGCUCCCGCUCCCCCCCUCCGGCGGGACACCCGCGCUCCCCGCCUCCGGGACACCCCCACCCGCCGCCGCACCCCCGCAAGGAGCGCGGCCCGCCCCGCGAACGAGGGCCCAACAGGGACAAAGGGAAGCCCAUGAAGAAGGAGGCUCCUUUCAGGGAGGACCGCAGGAAGAUGGAGCCGCUGUCCGGCAUGCCCCCACGGGGUGCCAACCCCAUGCCCAGGUCUGGGCCGGGCGCCAGGGGCCACCCUCACCAACACCCCCACCAACACCCCCAUCCCCACCAACACCUUCAUCCCCACCAACACCCCCACCCCCACCCCAUGCAGCCGCAGCCCAACAUGGGGCCCCCGGGACCUUAUGGCUCCCAUAAGGAUAUCAAGCUCACCCUCCUCAACAAGCAGCAGGCGGACCGUGGCAACAGGAAGAGGUACAUGCCAUCAGACAAGGACAGGAUGCCCUCCCCUCCCAACAAGCGCAUGGCCAUGUCCCCGGACAGAGGUCGGGACCGGAGGAUGCCGGGGAGACCCCCGCUCUCCCCCAGAAUGGAUCGGCCCAGGGGAGGCCCGGGCCAGCGACCCAUGGGGGGCCCAGGCCAGAGGCCCAUGGGGGGCCCAGGCCAGAGGCCCAUGGGGGGCCCAAGGCCCAUGGGGGGGCCCCGGCCCAUGGGGGGCCCAAGGCCUAUGGGGGGCCCUCAGGGAGACAGGAAACGCCCCAUGUCUCCACCCUCCAAGUCUUCUGGGAAGGGCCCGGGUCCAGCACCAGGCAAGCCCCCAGGGCCCGGCUCUGCUCCCGGCUCCGCUCCUGGGCCCAUGUCCGGGUCCGGCUCUGGGUCCGGCCCGGGGUCAGCCAAGUCGAGCAGCACCCUGUCUCGUCGCGAGGAGCUGCUGAAGCAACUGAAGGCUGUGGAGGACGCCAUCGCUCGCAAGAGGGCAAAGAUCCCUGGGAAAUAAACCAGCCGGUCUCCGCGUGGCGUUGGCGGACGCCGUGUGUGUGUGUGUGGUCCGUGGCAACAGCGAAGUACCAAGGGACAAAAACGGUCACCUCCCCUUACUCUUGACCCCCCCACCCUCCCCCAGCAAGGUCCGGGACUUGUAUAAAGAUGGAGUCUGUCACAGUAUAAAUGGCCGCUCUUUAAUUGUUCCUAAAACAAGAUGGCUACCACCAGACCCUUUUCUGCUUGUUUGCCACCAGAGAGAGGUUGUGUGGGUUUGACGUUUGCUGAGACAUGUUAGCGGUGGGGGGGUUGACGUGCCGCCCCGCCCCCCCCCCCCCCCCCCCCCCCCCCCCCCCGCCGCUCUCCCAGUCCAGUCAGGGCAUCAGAACCAUCUUCCUGUUCUGUACGGAUGGAUGAGUGACCACAUAUGAUGCACAGUCCUAGUUCUGCAGUUUCUCGGCUCCCUGUGCCAUCUCGAUCUCUCUGUCUCUUUGUCUUAUUUUCUGUUUGAUUUUUAUUCUCUAAAAAGACGGGAGGGGAGGGAGGGGGGGUGUAUUUAGACUGUCCUGCUCCACAGAUCCUAGACUCUGCCUGUGGGUCUGUGACUUGGGGUGCACUUGAUUUACUCUACCCACUGGGAGGAAAUGAGUUGAGCAGUCUAUAAGGUGCUAACUUUGAUGUAAAUCAAAUGCACCUCCAUUACUUAAUGUACAUGUCCUAUCCUAGUUACACAAGCACCUGUAUACAGACGGGGAUGGAGGUCAUAAGGUCACCAACACAGGACCGUGUGUCUGUGUCUGACUGACUGUUGGCUGUCACACCGUGUACAAUAAUAAAACCAGAAGUUGAAACCAGAAUUUUCUUUAAGUGUAUGAUGAUUAUAGAGAACAAUUUGACUGAUGUGUAGUACCGAUUUUUUUUUUUUUUUUAAUCUUCUGCAUUUUUGUUUUACUCAACUCUUCUUCUCAAGCGUUUAAACUGAUGUGUUUUAUGUGUUGUGCAUUUUUAGUUGACUGUCUGAGCGAUGUGAAGGGCACAUCUGACUAUGAGAAGUGUCUGUAUUGCUUUUGUGACACGAGGCUUCUGAAUAAACUAUUUUGAUAAA